CGCGCGCACACAUCCACACGCACACUCAUCCACACACGUGUGGAAGGCAGGGCCGAGCCGCUCGGUCUUUGAACAUCUCAGUUAGAGCCCGGCGCAGCCCCGGCCGCAGCUCAGCGCUCCCUGCGGCCCAGCGUGCCUCCUGCCAACCUCCGGACCGUCUCGUCUCUUCCCUUUUGGCCGGAGGAUUGGAGUUCAGAUCAGCCACUCCGCGCCCGAGCCUGACACACUGAACUCCAUUUCUUCCUCUUAAGUUUAUUUCUACUUCAGAGCCACUCACCCUCUCCCUUCCAGGAGAAAAAAACAAACCUUUCUUACUCCUUAAAGUGAGAGAUUCCCCCCGACCCCGCCCCAGCAUCGCAUAUUAAUAUCUUCACGUUGGAAACGCGUUGCAUUUUCUUUUUUAAAGGAAUCCCAGCCAGGGACGUUUUUCUAUUGGGCAUUGACUUUCGACUGCUUUGCAAAAGUUUCGUAUUAAAAACAACUCUACCUGACCCGCUCUGAGAAUUACUAGUUUCUUUUUAUAUUUUUUUCUCACUUUAAACAACAACAGCAACGGUUCCUCCUUUUAAAAACAUGCACUACUGUGUGCUGAGAACCCUUUUGCUCCUGCAUCUGGUCCCGGUGGCGCUCAGUCUGUCUACCUGCAGCACCCUCGACAUGGACCAGUUUAUGCGCAAGAGGAUCGAGGCCAUCCGCGGGCAGAUCCUGAGCAAGCUGAAGCUCACCAGCCCCCCGGAAGACUAUCCGGAGCCGGAUGAGGUCCCCCCGGAGGUGAUUUCCAUCUACAACAGUACCAGGGACUUACUGCAGGAGAAAGCAAGCCGGAGGGCAGCCGCCUGCGAGCGCGAGCGAAGCGACGAGGAAUACUAUGCCAAAGAGGUUUAUAAAAUCGACAUGCCGUCCCACUUCCCCUCGGAAACUAUCUGCCCAGUUGUUACAACACCCUCUGGCUCAGUGGGCAGCUUUUGCUCCAGACAGUCCCAGGUGCUCUGUGGGUACCUUGAUGCCAUCCCUCCCACUUUCUACAGACCCUACUUCAGAAUCGUCCGCUUUGAUGUCUCAACAAUGGAGAAGAAUGCUUCAAAUCUGGUGAAGGCGGAGUUCAGGGUCUUUCGCUUGCAGAACCCCAAAGCCAGAGUGGCUGAACAACGAAUUGAACUGUAUCAGAUCCUUAAAUCCAAAGACUUAACAUCUCCCACCCAGCGCUACAUUGAUAGCAAGGUUGUGAAAACCAGAGCAGAGGGUGAAUGGCUCUCCUUUGACGUGACGGAUGCCGUGCAGGAGUGGCUUCACCACAAAGACAGGAACCUAGGAUUUAAAAUAAGUUUACACUGCCCCUGCUGUACCUUUGUACCAUCUAAUAAUUACAUCAUCCCAAAUAAAAGCGAAGAGCUGGAGGCGAGAUUCGCAGGUAUUGAUGGCACCUCCACAUAUGCCAGUGGUGAUCAGAAAACUAUAAAGUCCACUAGGAAAAAAAACAGUGGGAAGACCCCACAUCUCCUGCUAAUGUUGUUGCCCUCCUACAGACUGGAGUCACAACAGUCCAGCCGGCGGAAGAAGCGCGCUUUGGAUGCCGCCUAUUGCUUUAGAAAUGUGCAGGAUAAUUGCUGCCUUCGCCCUCUCUACAUUGAUUUUAAGAGGGAUCUUGGAUGGAAAUGGAUCCAUGAACCCAAAGGAUACAAUGCUAACUUCUGUGCUGGGGCAUGCCCUUAUCUAUGGAGUUCAGACACUCAGCACACCAAAGUCCUCAGCUUGUACAACACCAUAAAUCCCGAAGCUUCUGCUUCCCCUUGCUGUGUGUCCCAGGAUCUGGAACCACUGACCAUCCUCUACUACAUUGGCAACACGCCCAAGAUCGAACAGCUUUCCAACAUGAUCGUCAAGUCUUGUAAAUGCAGCUAAAGUCCUCGGGAAAGCCAGGACACGAGAGCCACGGUGACAACGGAGUAUGACGACAACGACGAUGAUGAUGCUCAUGACAGGAAGGAGUUUUGAUUCAUCAGUGUUUUUUUUAAAAAAUAAAUAAAUAAAUAAAAUAAAAUUGGAGAGAAAAAUAUCGGUACUAGUUCAAACAUUUUGCAAGCUUGUGUUCUGUUAAAACUGGCAUCUGAGAUUACAGCCACAACAAUCACAAAAAAUGGAAGGCAUUAGUCUGCAUCUCACCUACUUCCUGAGAGACACAAAAAGAAAACAUCUUUUUUUUUUUAAAGGAAAAAAUAAACACUGGAAGAAUUUGUUAGUGUUAAUUAUGUGAAAGAAAAACAAAAUGAAACAGGAAAAUCCGUUUAAUGGAGUUGUAUGUAUUGUUUCCACCCCACAUUUCACCCCAGGCCUCUCCUGGUUCCUCUGUAUUACUCUGCAGUGGAUACCCUUCCUGUCCCUUUCUCCGAGCUAACAGUGGGUUAUUUAUUGUGUGUUACUAUAUAAUGAACCUUUCAUUACCCUUGGAAAACAAAACAGGUGUAUAAAUGGAGACCAAAUACUUUGCCACAAACUCAUGGAUGGCUUAAGGAAUUUGAACUCAAAUAAGCCAGGGGGGGAAGGAGGUCAUACUGGAUGACCCUCAUGAGUCAUUAUAGGACCGAGCAAGUCUGCGGAAGAAAUCAAAGGCCCAGCUGUGCACCGCCUGCCUGCCUGCCUGCCUGCCUGCCUAAGCGACAUGGACGGCCAUAUGCCCAGAAGGCCUGUUAACAAAGAAAACUUGGAAUCAGUGGGAAUCUGGAAGAUUUGGAUUUUUUUCCCCUUUUAACUGUAAAUGGUUCUUUGCCAGUUUAAGCAAGCCAGUGAAAUGUUGACCUGUUUUGAUAUGUAUUGUCAGACUUUUGACCGUAAAGUUGCUAGUGAUCUACAAUACAGGUUUUUCUUUUGUCUUGGUAUAUGUAAGUACAUGGAUAUUAUUAAAAUAGACGGGUCUAGAAGCCAGCAUGAUUGAAAACACACUGCAGAUCUGUUUUACAAACUAUUAAAUCUAAACAGUAACUACUUUACAUGUAAUGUGUAGAUCUUACCACAUUUUUAAUAUUCUGUAAUAAUGAUUAUGAUUUAGAUUGAACUUAAAUUUGGACUUUUUUUUUAAUGAUCAUUCAGAUUGUAUGUUUGUUUCCUUUAGCUGGUCAGUACCUUUGAAUAAAACCCCUAGAUUUUGACCUGUA